AUGUCAAUAGAACUGAUUAAUAUUUAUAAUAAACUUUAUAAUGAUAGUAUUCAAAAAAUCAAAUCAGAUCAAUAUGAAAUGGAUGAUCAAAUAGAUUCAUCAUUAGAUAAAAGAUCUGGCAUCACACUUUUGGUUAGACCUGAUGAACAAGUAAGGCAUCGAAUUUUGAAAUUUCUUGCUGAUUUACAAGCGAUCGAACCAGAACAAUAUUAUUACCCAUCUUCAGAUAUGCAUAUUACUGUAAUGCCGAUUAUUGCUUGUUAUGAAGAAUUUGAUUUAAAUCAGAUUGUCGUUCAAGAUUAUAUUGAUCUUAUUCAAAAAUGUUUAUCAUCACAAAAAAAUAUUACAAUCAAAUUCAAGGGUAUAACUGCAUCACCAUCGUGUAUUAUGAUUCAAGGAUUUCCACAACAGCAAGUUCUCGAUGAACUUCGAAAUGAUAUGAGAACAGUAUUUAAAGCUUCUCCACUUCAGCAAAGUAUAGAUAAACGAUAUUCUCUUCAAACAGCUCAUAUUACUGUGGUUCGAUUUAGAAAACCUUUUACGGCAAAAGAAGAAUUUUUAAAAAUACUUGAAAAUUUCAAAGAUUAUGAUUUUGGUGAAACAACAAUAAAUGAAUUAGAAUUGGUUCACAACGACUGGUAUCUAAGAGACAAUUUUGUGAAAACAUUAUUUCGAUUUAAAGUUUAA